CAUUUAUCUCUGGAGAAAAAGACCCAAGGAGCAGUAAGAAGAUGUUCAUCUUAAGCUUCUACUGUUGCAUCCUUACGGUCGGACUUCCGCAUCCAAUGUCUGGAGUGUUCAAGUAUUUGUAAGUUUCUUAGAAUUUUACAUAAUUUGGUGACACAGUUAAUACACCAAACUACGGUUUUAUUUUAUUUUUCACUUUUUGACGUAUUGUAUUGCCGUUAUUUUAAAUUGCAUUGAUGCACUUAUUUCACUCCGGACUUUUAGACAAUGAAGACCACUCGAAAAUGCAGAGCGCUGCUCUCCGUUGGUUUAAAUCUCGUUGCUCUCUUCUUUUCCACAACGGCGUUUAUUACUACUUACUGGUGCGAGGGCACGCAGCGAGUUCCCAAACCGAAUUGCAGCAAAGAUCGACUGCACAACUGCAUAAACUAUGGGGUGAACGAGACGGACCAGAGCAAAGUAUAUUACAGCUGGGAGACCGGGGAUGACAGAUUCCUGUUUAGGCAUUUCCAUACUGGAAUCUGGUACUCUUGCGAAGAAAACAUAAAUGGAGCAGGUGAGAAAUGCAGGAGCUUUAUUGAUCUGGCCCCAGCAUCAGAGAGGGGUGUCCUUUGGCUGUCAGUGGUUUCUGAAGUGCUAUACAUCAUGCUCCUGGUCGUUGGCUUCAGCCUUAUGUGCCUAGAACUCUUUCACUCCAGCAAUGUGAUUGAUGGACUCAAGCUGAAUGCCUUUGCCGCCGUUUUCACUGUUCUCUCAGGACUCCUGGGAAUGGUGGCACAUAUGAUGUACACGCAGGUGUUUCAGGUCACUGUCAGCUUGGGCCCGGAAGACUGGAGACCUCACUCCUGGGAUUAUGGCUGGUCAUUCUGUCUAGCCUGGGGCUCGUUCACUUGCUGCAUGGCUGCCUCGGUUACGACCCUUAACUCCUACACAAAGACCGUCAUCGAGUUCAGGCACAAGCGCAAAAUGUUUGAGCAAGGUCUCCGUGAAGAACAGACUUUCCUUGAUCAGGAGACAUUCAACUACUUCCGGGACAGAUCAGUGCAGUCCAUCUCCAGCUCGGUGGAGGUGUUCCCCGGCCAGGGGGGUGGUGCAGGUAAAGCACUCGGACCUGCGUCCUCUAUAGACCUCGGGGAGAUCCCCGAGUCUUUGGCAGAGGAACAGUGCUGAAAGGGCUGCUGUGCUCUCGCCCAGAACCCACCGACCCCAUUGCUGUGACAUGAAGGGGAAUUUCAAGAACUGAUUUGCUGGCUGCGCCAGGUGGUUUUCUUUUCCAAAAUACGUCUUGUUAGGGGUAGAAAAUUAUACUCAUGGGACAUAUAUGGGUGCAUACAAAAUGUUAUAAAUACAUGUUCACUGUGUUCCAAAUACUGAUAGAGAUUUGCUGUUUGAACAGAAUAUAGGUAAUAUUUUUGUGUGAGGCCAAACUGGUAAAUAUAAAUAUGCAUUGUAACUUAAUGAACUGAACAAAUGUCUUCAGACACAGGAGAUU